AUGCCAACAGACUACCCCAGCGUCACGUUCUACGACAUCUCGUGCACAAGCACGUCGGAGCCAUGGUCGCCCUACACCGCCCGGACCUACUUGGCCCUCCGGGUGCUCGGCAUCCCCUUUGAACGAAAGCUGGUCCCGAUGGCACGCAUUGUGUCGACGCUGGACGGUCUUGGUGUGAAGCGAACUGGCGAAGGUCGGCAUACGCUUCCAGCCAUCGCCAUCACCUCGUCCACCGGCGAGAAGCAAUGGUUCACCGACAGCACAGGCAUCGCCGAAGCCUUGCAGAAGCUCUACCUCGACCACGGCGGCGAUCUUACGACCUCUUUGUUUCCAGAUGCUGCCUCGCGUGACGUGAUCAAGGAGUACCUCCCGUGUGUCAAACGCGGCAUGUAUUCGGAGGAGAGGUGGAAGUCCAUCAUCCCGGCCGUCAUUCACAUCCUGGAACCAGAAUCGCAGGAGUUCUUCGAUCGUACUCGAACGGAGGAUUGGGGCAAGUCUCCGUACGAGAUCCUCAAGACGGACGCAAAGGAGAACGAGGAGCGGGAAGGAGGCGUAGCGAAGCUCUACGCGAACUGCAUGCUGCCCUAUGCGGAGCUGUACGAGAACAAGGAGAAGAAGCAAGGCGUUUGGUUGGGUGGAGAGCAACCCGUGUACGCCGAUCUCAUGAUCCUUGCUCUGCUGCAGUGGUACAAGUGCGCCAAUACAGAGGCUUUCGAAGAGGGUCUGAAGAUCAACGGUGGCACGCUGCAGCAGGCUUGGCACGCUGGUCAGCGUUUCUUCAAGGAGUCUUGA